UGCUCGAGCGCUGCCUCGGGGCGGGUGAAUCACCCCGGGCCGACACCGAGCGCCGGAGCGGCCCGCAGCAGCGCCGGAAGAUGGCCGAGGCGGCCGCGGGCUUCCUGGAACAGCUCAAGUCCUGCAUCGUGUGGUCGUGGACUUAUCUGUGGACCGUGUGGUUCUUCGUCGUGCUCUUCCUGGUCUACAUCCUGAGGGUGCCCCUGAGGAUCAACGACAAUCUGAGCACAGUGAGCAUGUUUUUGAAUACGUUAACCCCAAAGUUCUACGUGGCCCUGACAGGCACUUCCUCACUAAUAUCAGGACUUAUUUUGAUAUUUGAAUGGUGGUAUUUUCGAAAGUAUGGAACAUCUUUCAUUGAACAAGUCUCAGUAAGCCACUUGCGCCCCCUUCUGGGAGGGGUUGACAACAACUCUUCCAACAAUUCUACUUCCAGUAGUGGGGACUCAGAUUCCAACAGGCAAAGUGUCUCAGAGUGCAAAGUAUGGCGAAAUCCACUAAAUUUGUUUAGGGGUGCUGAAUACAAUCGGUACACUUGGGUCACAGGACGAGAACCUCUGACAUACUAUGACAUGAAUCUCUCUGCCCAGGAUCACCAGACAUUCUUUACUUGUGACUCGGACCAUCUUCGUCCUGCAGAUGCAAUAAUGCAAAAAGCUUGGAGAGAGAGGAACCCUCAAGCCAGGAUUUCUGCAGCUCAUGAAGCCUUGGAGAUAAAUGAAAUUAGGUCCAGAGUUGAAGUUCCCCUAAUUGCUUCCUCUACCAUCUGGGAGAUAAAAUUGUUACCAAAGUGUGCAACUGCUUAUAUUCUCUUGGCUGAAGAAGAAGCAACAACUAUUGCUGAAGCAGAAAAACUCUUUAAGCAGGCCCUGAAGGCUGGAGAUGGUUGUUACCGGCGUUCUCAGCAGCUACAACAUCAUGGCUCCCAGUAUGAAGCUCAACACAGAAGAGAUACCAAUGUCUUGGUCUAUAUCAAAAGAAGGCUGGCAAUGUGUGCCCGAAGACUUGGGAGGACCAGAGAGGCAGUGAAAAUGAUGAGAGAUUUAAUGAAGGAGUUCCCCCUCUUAAGCAUGUUCAAUAUCCAUGAGAACCUUCUAGAAGCCCUUCUGGAACUCCAAGCUUAUGCUGAUGUCCAGGCAGUCUUAGCAAAGUAUGAUGAUAUAAGCUUACCAAAGUCGGCAACAAUAUGCUACACAGCAGCCCUGCUCAAAGCAAGAGCUGUCUCUGACAAAUUCUCUCCAGAGGCUGCAUCUCGGCGAGGGCUGAGCACAGCAGAGAUGAACGCAGUAGAAGCCAUUCACAGAGCUGUGGAAUUCAAUCCGCACGUGCCAAAAUAUCUACUAGAAAUGAAAAGCUUAAUCCUCCCACCAGAACACAUCCUGAAGAGAGGAGACAGUGAAGCAAUAGCAUAUGCAUUCUUUCAUCUUGCACACUGGAAGCGGGUAGAAGGGGCCUUGAAUCUCUUGCAUUGUACGUGGGAAGGCACUUUCCGGAUGAUCCCUUACCCCCUGGAGAAGGGACACCUGUUUUAUCCAUAUCCAAUCUGUACAGAAACAGCAGACCGGGAGCUGCUUCCCUCUUUCCAUGAAGUCUCAGUUUACCCAAAGAAGGAACUUCCCUUCUUCAUCCUCUUCACUGCUGGAUUGUGUUCCUUCACAGCCAUGCUGGCCCUCCUGACACAUCAGUUCCCAGAACUUAUGGGGGUCUUCGCAAAAGCCUUCCUCAGCACUUUGUUUGCCCCCUUGAACUUUGUUAUGGAGAAAGUGGAAAGCAUCCUUCCCUCCAGCCUGUGGCAUCAGCUGACGCGGAUCUGAGGGGAGCCCCCAUCCUUCACUCUCCUCACCACCUGCCAUCUCUUCCGUGCCAACCUCUCAUGGACCACAAGAAAGCAUGACUUCGAAAAAGGGAAACCAUUCUGAAAUUUUAAACUGUUCAUGGACUAUCAGUUCCUUAUUAAAAGCUGGUUUGGGUGUACAAAAUUUAUCAAUGUUCAGUUCUAUUUUAUUUUGCCUUCAAAACUGAUGAAAAAAUAAAAAAAA